AAAAGUUGGUAUUAUUUUAUGCACAUUUUAUUUGUGGUAGUGAAUUUUUCAAUAUAUCGCGUGCGACAUGCAACAAUAUAGUGAAUUGACAGGUGCUUGACGAUAGAAUAUAGUGUUACAUUUUUCGUGUUUUUUUAAACUUUAUUACCAUAUUAUUACUGUAUUAUUUAUUUCUCGUAAGUGUUUUAAGAUUUUAGAAAAUUGCCAGCGAUGCAAUGUAUCAAGUUUUCAUUAGCGGAUACCGUUUGGCCGAAGUGUCACACGGCAAGCCCUAUUAUGUUUACUGUAUUGAGGUUCUGGAAUCAGAAAGUGGUAUUCGAUAUUUUAUCGAAAGAAGAUACAGCGAAUUUAACGCGUUACAUCGCACGUUGAAGAAAGAAAACGCGGAAGUUGCUCCGUUUCCGCCAAAGAAGGUAAGAAAUUGCCAGCCAAAAGUGCUCGAACAAAGGCGAGCCGCAUUGGAAUUGUAUAUUCAAAAAAUGUUAAGGCUUUCAACUACGAAGCAACAGGUUCUCAAUUUUCUGGGCAUAGAAGAUCGAACAUCAGGUGUGUCAUAUAAAAAUACGUUUCAAUACAAGGAUACGGAAGAUUCGCAAUACGUUGACACCAGUGCUUUUAGUCAUCAACCUGUAUUAACUUUCCAUUACGAUCCAUACGUUGAGUCUGGUUCUACGUCGAAUAGUCUUCCAGAUAUAGUGAUUAAUGGUGUGCUUUCCGGAAUAUAUAAGUCCUGAGAAGCUUACCUUAAGUUGCUUAUAAUGAUAUCUCCCAUGAAAAAUAUUAUAUUUUAUGGGAAAUUUCAGCUUUCUAUUAUAAAUCGCAUAAAAAUUAAGGAGGCCGUUUUUAUCCAUUAUUUUUAUCUCGCAAAAGAUAAAACGGUGGGUGUAUGUCGAUAAAUAUACACAUAUAAAGAAAUAAGUGCUUCCAUUUUAUACAUAUUCUAAUGUCUUUAAUUUCAUUAUUGUCGCUAUAUGCAACAAUUUCUAAUCUCUUUUCGAUUAACGAAGAAAAGAAGAAAGAAUUUACAAUCUUGCGUUUGAAUCAAUCAGUCAUUAUUUUCUCAAUCUGCGAUAUAUUUAGAUAACAAGAGUAAUUUCUUAUUAGUGUAUUCAAGAUAUGCGAAAAAAUAUACGCUCUGUUAUAUUUGAA